AUGACUUAUACAGAGUUGUUACCGGAUUUAAUUCCGAAAAAUUUGGUGCAAACAAGAACUCCACCGGCUGUUCCAAAAGAGCUUCUGCGGUGGUAUAAAGCUUACCAACAUUGUGCAUUCCACGAAGGAGCACCAGGACAUGAUAUUGAGAAUUUUUUUGCCUUGAAAUUUGAGGUAAGAAGGUUAAUGCAAAGUGGUAUCUUGUCAUUUAAAGAUUCUAAUCCCAAUGUACAAGCUAACCCACUAUCCAAACAUGGCAAUGCAAUUGUGAAUAUGGUCGAAGGGUGUCCUAGAAAGUACCGAGUUUUUGGCGUCAAUCUAAUCAGAAGGUCCUUGGUUGAAAUGCACGCUACUUUAUGUGAGUUGAGCUAUUAUGAACAUGACCAUGCUUCUUUCCAAGUUUGUUCCAAAUAUCCCCGAGGAUGUGCUAUUGUGAAAAGAGACUUGCAAGAGAUGUUGGAUCAGAAUCUUAUUCAAGUUACGAGUGAUAUAAAUGAAGAUGGGCAUGAGGUGAACAUCAUAGUUCCCCGUUUUAAUCUUCGAGAAUCGGUUGUGAUUACAUAUGAUGGUCAGAAGACUGUUGUUUCUCCGUUGGUUAUCCGUUUGGUGGCCCCUAUACCUUACGAAUCUGAUAAAUCUGUGCCUUACAAGUAUAAUUCUACUAUGAUAGAAGACGGUAAAGAAUUGCCUAUUCCUAAUUUUCCAUCCGUUGUGAAUAUUACCGAUGUAAGUGGUGUGACCCGAAGUGGUCGGGUAUUUGCUGUUGCAGCUCCCAAGAGGAUUGAAGACAUGGUGAUAGAGAAAUCAAAUUCAGAGAAAACUCAUGUCGUACAAGCCAACCAAUCCAGUAUUGUGAAUCAAAAUGUUGAUCACGAUGAGGCGCUGAAAUUGAUCAAGAAAAGUGAUUUCAAUAUGGUGGACCAGUUAUUGCAUACUCCAUCCAAGAUAUUUGUGUUAUCCCUACUGAUGAGUUCAGAAGCCCACCGAGAAGCUUUGCAGAAGAUCCUAGAGCAUGCCUAUGUGGACCAUGACGUAACAAUUGAUCAAUUUGAUGACAUUGUGGCCAACAUUACCGCAUGUAACAAUUUGAGCUUCAAUGAUGAAGAACUACCUGAGCAGGGGAGAAAUUACAAUUUGGCCCUGCAUAUCUCUAUGAAUUAUCAAGAUGCCUUAUCCAAUGUGCUGGUGGAUACUAGAUCCUUUUUUAAUGUUCUUCCCAAGUCUACAUUGUCCAAACUUGCUUACCAAGGUGCUCUAAUGAGAUUUAGUGGAAUUGUUGUGAAGGCCUUCGAUGGCUCGAGAAAGACUGUAAUUGGAAAGGUUGAUCUCCCGAUAAAGAUAUAUCUGUGCUUAUUUCAGAUCACUCUUCAAGUGAUGGAUAUUCAUCCCGCCUACAAUUAUCUCUUAGGAUGUCCGUGGAUUCAUGAGGUUGGGGCAGUUAUAUCAACUCUGCACCAGAAGCUAAAGUUUGUGAAGAAUGGGAAGUUAGUGAUCGUGGGUGGCGAGCAGGCCAUGUUAGUGAGUCAUCUCUCCUCAUUUUCCUGCACUGAUGCUGACGAAGAUGAAGGAACGUUAUUUCAAGCCCUUUUUGUUGAUAAUAUUUCUAUUAAGAAGAGCGGUGAAUCCAUGUCACCUUUGAAAGAUGUCCAGUUUAUGGUGAAGAAUGGUUAA